ACCUGAAUGUCCCGACUCCCAGGGAGACAUCUGGAGCUCGGAGUCAACCUUCCUGCAGCGAUGGCACCUGCCUCAAGGCCGUCUCGCUUGCUGAUGCCUGCCUGGGAAGGAGGAUGGACGCCGCUGGCAUGUGCCCGGGGUUCUGAGAAGAGAGGUUCUAGGAAGGAGAGAACUGAAAGGAACUAACUUAGAAAAGAACCCGGGAGUGGAAUAUGGAUAAUAGAAGACAGAUGAGCACACCCGGGUGUGCGUGUGAAAUCAUGAUCCAUCUGGAAGGGGUUCCAAGCCCUUGGCUGCCAUUGCAUAGUGGCUACAAAAGACACACGCAGGUUGCUUCUCUGCUCUUUCCCUCUUCUCUCUGCGCCCCAUUAUCAACCUGGAAGGCUUCCCAUUCCACAUUUAAACACAAACAAAAGGAUUUGUCCCAGACACGAACAAGCCAGGACGAAGCCCUUUCCCGCCAAACUACGAAGGCCAGGAAAUAAACAGAGGCUGCCCAGGCUCUGGGCGCGCGAGCUCGGGAGAGGACCUGGGUGGGAAGAGGAUCUAGAAGAUCGGAAGGAGGGCGGCAGGGAGAGAGGGAAGGAGGAAGAAGCUUGGAAAGAGAAGAGGAAGAAGGAAGAGGAGGGACCAGCAGGGCAGAGUUGGACCUGGGGUUCUGUUAUAAUGGCCCCUCCACGCCCAGGGUCUUUCCAUCCCCUGUCCCCCUCCCCCAUUUCAGAGCUGAAGGCCGACUGUGGAAGGAGGAGGUUAAACAAAGGGAAUCCUCCUCCUCAGGGACGGGUGAAGUGCGUCUGUCCUCUCCUUGCAGGCUCUGGAAAAACUGGCAGGAAUUUCCUUGUUGUGAGAAGAUGGACGAGUGUCUGCAGCCGAGAAGACAACUACAAACAGACUUUGGGCAGGGAAGGCAGGCGGGCGGGGAUGGGGACGGGGGGGCCAGCUUUGAUCGCUCCAGCUCUGUUGUAAUUUUGUCUUCGCCAGACAGAUUAGCCGGAACCGCCAGCCCUAGCAUGGAGUUCUGUUCUGCGGAGUCCCCUCCCUCCCUACCCCCCCCCCCCGCGUCAUCUCGCGCCCGGAGUCAGGUCGCCGCUCCUCCCGAAGUCUCGCUGGAAACUUCAAGGGCUGAUGGUUCUGUGUUCCUGACGUAAUUAGGAGGCCACGCAGCUCUCCAACACUCCGUUUAACAAAUAUGAAGAGCCGCGCUUCGGAACGACCCCGUUGGCCAUGCUGGCGGCUACCUGCAACAAGAUCGGCAACACGAGCCCGCUGACGACGCUGCCGGAGUCGAGCGCCUUCGCCAAAGGCGGCUUUCACCCCUGGAAGCGCUCCUCGUCCAGCUGCAACCUCGGCUCCAGCCUCUCGGGUUUCGCCGUGGCCACCGGAGGCCGUGGCUCGGGCGGCCUGGCGGGAGGCUCGGGCGCAGCCAACAGCGCCUUCUGCCUGGCCUCCACGUCGCCCACGUCGUCCGCCUUCAGCAGCGACUACGGCGGCCUCUUCUCCAACUCGGCGGCGGCCGCGGCGGCGGCGGCCGGGGUGUCCCCGCAGGAGGCGGGUGGCCAGUCGGCCUUCAUCUCCAAGGUGCACACGACGGCGGCCGACGGCCUGUACCCGCGCGUGAGCAUGGCGCACCCGUACGAGUCGUGGUACAAGUCGGGCUUCCACUCGACGCUGGCGGCCGGCGAGGUGACCAACGGCGCGGCGUCGUCGUGGUGGGACGUGCACAGCAGCCCAGGCUCGUGGCUGGAAGUGCAGAACCCCGCUGGGGGGCUCCAGAGCUCUCUGCACUCGGGCGCCCCCCAGGCCUCGCUGCAUUCGCAGCUGGGCACCUACAACCCCGACUUCAGCUCGCUCACGCACUCGGCCUUCAGCUCCACGGGCCUCGGCUCCUCCGCCGCCGCCGCCUCGCACCUGCUCUCCACCAGCCAGCACCUGCUGGCCCAGGAUGGCUUCAAGCCGGUGCUGCCCUCCUAUUCGGACUCCAGCGCCGCCGUAGCAGCCGCCGCUGCCAGCGCCAUGAUCUCGGGCGCCGCAGCCGCCGCCGCCGGGGGGAGCUCGGCACGCUCUGCCCGCCGCUACUCAGGCCGCGCCACCUGCGACUGCCCCAACUGCCAGGAGGCGGAGCGGCUGGGCCCGGCCGGGGCGAGCCUGCGGCGCAAGGGGCUGCACAGCUGCCAUAUCCCAGGCUGCGGCAAGGUGUACGGGAAGACGUCGCACCUGAAGGCGCACCUGCGCUGGCACACGGGCGAGCGGCCCUUCGUGUGCAACUGGCUCUUCUGCGGCAAGCGCUUCACGCGCUCGGACGAGCUGCAGCGGCACCUGCGGACUCACACGGGCGAGAAGCGCUUCGCUUGUCCGGUGUGCAACAAGCGCUUCAUGCGCAGCGACCACCUGAGCAAACACAUUAAGACGCACAACGGGGGCGGCGGGGGCAAAAAGGGCAGCGACAGUGACACGGACGCUAGCAACCUGGAGACGCCCCGUUCCGAAUCCCCCGACCUCAUCCUGCAUGACUCCGGCGUCAGUGCCGCCCGAGCGGCUGCAGCGGCGGCGGCGGCGGCGGCGGCGGCGGCGGCCUCCGCGGGAGGCAAGGAAGCAGCGUCUGGCCCCAACGACUCUUAGAGGCCGGGCGAGAGGCGCAAGCACGCGACCGACUAGAGACACCGAGAACGAACGAGAGGUUCGGAGGGCGAGCGAGUGGGGGACGGGAGGGCAUGGGGCUCCAGUGACGCCCCCGGGGCCGGGGCUGGGCGCGAGGUGGUGCCGCGCGGGGCUCUGGGGCUGCGGUUCGCCCGCCGUGCCAGGAGCUCUCCGCCUUCGCGCCCAGAUGAGAAUCGAACGCGUGGUCCGAAAACAAAAGCGAACCAUCCUCCGACACAAACACUUUAAAAACUGUACACCCAGACAUACACAUACCCCGGAGACCCUCAACCACAAGCACGCACACUCGCGCGCGCACACAAACCACUCGCCCAAACUUCUCGAACGAAGAGCAAUACACAGAAAGGCUCCCUCUUUCCCCACUCUCCAUCUCCCUCCAACACCCUUCUCUUCCCUUUUCUCAAAAACAAGCCACCACCCAGCAAAGGACUGUCAGAACAUUUGAAAACAAACGGGACGGAUAAAAAACACCCUUUGUGUGGAUUAUAUUAUAUAUAUAAUGCUCCAAGUUCUGCUUGAUAUCUACUUACAAUGAGACUUUCCUAAAAAAGGAAGCAUCAAAAGGCUUAAGGUGAGAAAUUAAACUGGAAGUCUAGCGACAGUUUCUCUGUAUUUCAUAACAUCUGUAUAAAUAGGGUUCAAAAGAUUGUGUUCUCUUUUAUUUUCUUGUAAAUGUUCAUUCGAAAAGUUUUUUUUUUUUUUUUUUUUUUGGUGAAUCCCUGAAAUUCAGGGAGGUUUUUUUUUUAAUUUUCUGAUGCACUUUGUGAAAGUCAGUAUAUAUGUAAAAGAUAUUUAAAAUGUUGAGUUAUCAUUUCACUCACAAAUACGUAAGUUAAGGUCAUUUAAAGAAAUUAAAUGCGUUUAUCUGUAUGAAGAAAAUCUUGACAUCAUAUUUUCAUUUGGGUAUUAUUAAAGGACUCUGCACAAUACAGUUCCUUUUUUUAAAAAUCCUGUUUCCCCUUCAAUAACCUUUUCGUGGGUCGAUUUUUUUUGGUUUGUUUUUGUUUUUUGGUUGGGAAAAAAUUUCCUUAAUGUUAGUUUAGGUAAUGUAAAGUUUAUGUGGGUUACAAAAGCCAUACUACAUAUACGUUUUUGAGAAGUCAAAGUUAUUUAUUUGUAUAUCAACAGUGUAUAUUAAAUUGGGUUAUAAGGACGUGUAGUUCUAUUAAUGUGAAGGCUCUCAAAAGGUGACAUUUUAAAACUCUGGAUCGCCUAAAUGCAAAGGUCCUUGGCAGCUUUAACUGGGGAGGUGCCUAAACCACUGGGAGGGUCAGAGAAAACUCUGGUGGUUUUGUUUGUUUUUAAAAAGUGAUUUAAAAACAAUCUGUGAAAGGAAAACGCUUUUUAAAAAGUCUUUUCGCUCCCAAGGCCCUGUAUGUUGGGAAGCAACUCAAGGGAAUAAAUCGCUAGAGUCAAUACCCCGGAAAAGACAUUUCAUGCCUAAAUGAAAAUCUUGUUAAAUGUUAUUAAUUUUGACUUAGAGCACACAGCAGCCCCCUGUGCCUUGUAUUCCCUUAUUAGGGAUUCAUGUCUUAUCAAAUAUCUAAUUAAUCUCCUAGACAUCAUUUGUUCUGGCCAACUUUAUCUCAGCUGGUCCGCGGGGAAAACUCCAAAUAUUCUCUGUGACAAAGCUCCCUUGAAGAUCUUUUUAAUUGUCUAAAUUAACUGCACCAAAUUUGCAUGUCAAACGGUAAAGGGCAACCUGAGAUAAAAUGUAAACGUUUUAAAAGCCCCCAAACUAAGCACUUGAUUUGAUAACUAGGCUUUUUAAUGUUAUGGAAGACAACUGCUCCUUUCCUUUUCAAAGACGGCUGAUCUAUGCAAAUAGUGAAUUGGAAAUGCCGAGGUCCCCGCGCCGUCAAAUGGCCCUCGCAGGUUAUUUGAAUAUCAGUGGCGCUGCUUCUGAAAAGGUUCAAGGAUGCUCUCUGACUUCUUUGUGAUUACUCAGUGCGGCGUCUUAUUCUGAAGAAAAAAACUCAGGAAUAAUUAAAGGCUGGGAUCAGGCCUGGGAACACAUUUGGGACAGGAAUCUCAUUUAGACAGUCUCUUUCAAAAUAAGGCACAGUUAAAUUGACCAGAAGGCAAUUAUUGAAAUGAAAAUUAUUUUCACUCUCUUUGUCUUCUGACCACCAACUUAACAGCCCCAGUUUAAGAGGGAGAGACAAAAAGAAAAUUGGUAAAUGAGAUAAUUUCGCAAUUCGAAAAAAUGUUAAUUUAGAAAAUAAAGUACAUAUUUACAGAAUAAAAAUAUUUCUAAAAGACUUUUCACACAGGAGGAAAUACAAGCGAAGUCAGCACCAACAUAAUUUUUUUCCCCAUUUUUGAUGACUGUCCGCCUUGGGAAUUUGAACGAAAGUUUUGAUUUUUAGGAAGGAAAAAAUAAGUUCUUGUUAUUAACAGUCAGCAAAGUGUUUACUCGGAAACUGUUCUGAAACACCAAGUCGCAAAGUAGCGAUACAACAGAACGAAGGUCCCCAGCAGGGAGUUUGCAGCAUGACAUUCAAGGGCCUCUUCCUCCUCCUUGCGCACCGUGCAGCCAGGCUGCCCCGCUCUUCUUCCUCGAGUUUUUCUUCACUUUAGCCAUUUUCUCUCCCGGCUCAUGUUGUUCAUAACCGGGAGCCCACCACUCCCCACGCGCCUCUGGUUGGGGGGAUGGUCUUCUGGAGAACCGGCUGGCAGCGGCGCGUUUUCUGGAGGGGCUUCGGGCCGGGGCGCUGGAGCCCAGAGGGUGCCUGGCGCGUUUGGGGGCCGCGGGUUGGCGGCGCGGAGUAGAGGGUGUGGUGGGUCUCCCGAGGAACGCGGGCGCCCGGGCGUCGGGCUCAGGCAGCUUUGUUUCUCGUUGAUAAUAAAGACAGAUCAAAGGGCCCGGCCGUGCAGGUCCCGCUGGCCGCACGGCUCCCUCCGCAGGCCAGUGAUCAAGGCCUGUGCGCGCUGCCUCUGCCCCGCGGGUCAGCGGACGUCCAUCACCCAGGCUCCUGGGAGUGGCGGGCGGUAGUCCAGGCCAGAGCGUCCAGCCGGGAGACAGCAGUGCACAGAACCGGAGCUCGGAGGGAGUGGGGCCCCGGUGCUCCGGCUGAAGCCAACCGGCGAAAACAGGGCCCAGGCCUCCUGCCCGCCCUUCCCCCAGCCCUAGGCGCCCCUGGGGGCGCGGGGAACCUUGACCUGAGCGGGUGGCGACCGGCCGGCGAGGAUGACCAAAUUGGAGACAGCGCGCGUGGGAGGAGAGAGCCCCCCGAACUAGAACACAAGUUCGGUCUCCAAUUGCGGUGGGAUCCCGCCUCCCCAGGGCCACCUCCGGGCCCCGGCGGCCUGGGCCUCCCCAGCUCAGGGGGACAGGAGGAGCCGGCCAGGGACCCAAGGGCAGAGGUGGGCAGCGGCCUGGAGGUCGGUGGGGUGGGGGCCGCGGCCUGGGGGUGCAGAGUCCCGCCCAGGCCAGAGUGAGGACAGUGCGAUUUCGAGUCCCCGGGUUUCCCCGGUGUUUCCUGUCCCGUAGCUUCCAGCGCAGCAGAGAAACGAAGACCAAAUUUUUCUCGGCCCAGCGCCCACCCAGCCACGAUCCGCACCGACCUCCGGCGUUUCCUUUUCUGACGCGUUUUCUCACUUUGGACUGAAUUAGAUUCUACCUGAUGAGGAAAAAGAAAAAAGAUUUUCUUUCUUCAAGGAGGGAAACGUUAUUUUGACGAGAUUAGAUUGUGCACCUGAAUGGCGCGUCUGGACCUUCGUCAAAUCGUUACAAGUCGUGUAAAAUUGAAUUUCGUUUUAUUCAGAUGGAAACUUUAUUUAUUUUAACUCUAAUCUUAUUUGCAUCUAUUAUCUGUAUUCACCAAGGCUCUCUUCCACUACAAAAAUGCAGAUGAAGUAAAUCUCACAAAUCCCGCCCAUUUGUGUAAUUGGUAUACUAAGUGUUUAUUUUAAGUGAGAAUAAUUUAGCUACAAAUUUUCUUAAGGAAUAACAUUCUUAACACAUUAAAAAAACUGAAAACUCUGA